GAUCCCGGAUACCAUAGGACGCACCCUAGGGUUUGGGAGGUGGAAGGUAAUGUCGUAAAGCAGAGUGUCGUAAACCAGGUGCAGGGAGGGGAGGUGAAGCGGGGGGAGUGGGGGAGAGAGAGGAGGUGACUCUCCAGCAGCAUUUAGACACAGCGAAAGGAUCAUGGCGGAUGGCCCCAGGUGUAAGCGCAGAAAGCAGGCAAAUCCGAGGAGGAAUAACGUAACCAACUACAGUAAUGUAGUGAAGGCCCCAGGCUCAGAUUCAGAUGAUGAGGACAAGCUGCACAUCGUGGAGGAGGACGGGAGUCUGGCCGACGGGGCUGACUGUGACAGCAACGUACCCAGUGAAGAUCACAACGGAGACCGCUGGGAUGAAGUGAGGGAGGAGUGUGGUUCUGAUGGGGAGGAUGACGGCAGUACAGAUGCUCUGGUGGAGGAGAUACUGCAGCAGGGAGACACGACCAUCAUCUACCCAGAAGCCCCUGAGGACGAGCCCCGCCAGGGGACGCCCGAGGCCAGCGGACAUGACGAGAAUGGCACUCCGGAUGCGUUCUCACAGCUCCUCACCUGUCCCUACUGUGCCCGCGGCUACAAGCGCUACACGUCCCUGAAGGAGCACAUCAAGCUGCGCCACGAGAAGAGCGAGGACAACUUCAGCUGCUCCCAGUGCAGCUACACCUUCGCCUACCGCACUCAGCUGGAGAGACACAUGAGUGCCCACAAAGCUGGCAGAGACCAGAGGCACAUGACACAGUCGGGGGGCAACCGAAAAUUCAAGUGCACUGAAUGUGAAAAAGCAUUUAAGUACAAGCAUCACCUGAAGGAGCACCUACGCAUCCACAGCGGAGAGAAGCCAUACGAGUGCUCCAACUGUAAGAAGCGUUUCUCCCACUCCGGCUCCUACAGCUCCCACAUCAGCAGUAAGAAGUGCAUCGGCGUGAUCUCAGCAGUCAACGGCCGACCCCUGCCCGCCAAGGCCUCCCAAUGCCCAUCCCCAGCCAUGCCCGCCUCGCCCUCCUCCACCACACGCACCCAGACCCGAGACAAACCCUUGCAGGAACAGCUACCCCUCAACCAGAUCAAGAGCGAGCCAAUGGACUACGAGUACAAGCCCAUGGUAGUGUCUCCAGCAGCGGGGGCAACAGGAGUGAACGGUCACGGAGGAGGGGUGUUCAACGGGGGUGCGGCUGCCCCACUGCAGGGCGCGGUGCAGGCGGUGAUGCUCCCCACCAUGGGCCUGGUCUCUCCGAUCAGCAUCAACCUGGCAGACCUACAGAACGUCUUGAAGGUGGCGGUGGACAGUAACAUGAUCAGACAGAUGUUGGAGAACAAUGCUAAGUCAGCGGGGACUGGCAUGGGGGCGACAGGUGUUCCUCACCAGCAGCUCAUCUCAGCCAUCAGUCUGCCCAUUAUGGGUCAGGAUGGCAACGCCACCAAGAUCAUCAUCAACUACAGCCUGGACCCCAGCCAGACACAGACCCAGCUCACUGCCCAGAACCUGAAAAAGGAGCCCCCGACCCUGGCUACAACACCAGGCCAGGCCCAGGCUGCCACAGAGCCUUCCAGCAAGACCCAGCAGAAACUCCCAGAGGACCUGACAGUUAGCAGGCCCCCCAGGAGCAAAGAGGAGAAGAUGGAAGAGGAGACUACUAAGAACUGCCUGCUUUGUAAUGAGUGCCCCAAUGGUCUGGACGCUCUCCACACACUCAAGCACUGUAAGAAAGCCUCAGGCCUCAGGAUCAAUGGGGACAAAUCAAAGUCUGCCAUCGAUUCAUUAUUGUCUGAGGGGUUCGGGGACCAGCCCAAGAACCUUCUGUCCCUCCUCAAGGCCUACUUCGCCUUAAAUGUUGAGCCCACCAAGGAGGAGCUCAGCAAGAUCUCCGACUCGGUCAGCCUGCCUGCCGACGUAGUCAAGAAGUGGUUUGACAAGAUGCAGAGUGGUCAGGUCUCACUAGGGGCCCCGACCCCUCCGUCUGAGGAAGAAGGGCCCUUGUCUGAGUGUCAUGGGGCCAUUGUUGUGUCCCCUAAAGUAAGAUCAGAGCAGAACACAGAGAGCCCCACCCUGAUGCAGUCUAGCCCAGCUGAGGCCACUCCGGCUGAGGUUAACGGCUCUGGGCCCUGCCCGGCCUCCCCUACACCACUAAACCUGACCACCGGGGGGGCCGUCCCAGCCAAACCCUCCUCCUCAGACAGCACGGAGGUCCCCCUGGACCUGUCGCUACCAAAGCCCCUCCGAGAGGAGACCGCUGCCACCGCAGCCUCUUACCAAGCCACUGUUUACUCCCAUCAGGACGAACCCCUGAACUUGACGAAGACUUGCACAACCAAGAAAGAACUUCCGCUCUCUGCAGGCGCCGCAGGCCACCACAUGACUAGCCAAACCUUGUCCUUUUACACCGCCGGCCCACAAAGUGCCAACCCCAUCAGCAUCAUGACCACUCAGCUGCCCAGCGGGACCAUCUAUGCCAUCACUGAUCAGGGCAGCACGGGUGUGUCCUGCCUCCGGGCGCUCACCACCAAUAACAACCAGACUAUCCUCAUCCCACAGUUGGCCUACACCUAUACCACUACAGCUACAGCCAGCAGCCCUGCAGGGACAGAGACACAGGAGAAGACCACACUGCAGAUCAACGGCAUCAAGGAGGAGCGUCAGGACACAAGCUCAGAGGGCGUGUAUACCAUGGAGGAGCAGAAUGACUCAGACACCACCCCUUCCAGGAAUAAGAUGAGGAAGACUGAGAGUGGGUUGUACGCCUGCGACCUGUGUGACAAGAUCUUCCAGAAGAGCAGCUCUCUGCUCCGACAUAAAUACGAACACACAGGCAAGCGACCCCACGAGUGUGGCAUCUGCAGGAAGGCCUUCAAACACAAGCACCACUUGAUAGAACACAUGCGUCUCCACUCCGGAGAGAAACCCUACCAGUGCGACAAGUGUGGCAAGCGCUUCUCUCAUUCAGGCUCUUACUCCCAGCACAUGAACCACCGCUACUCCUAUUGCAAGAAGGAGGCGCAGGGAGGAGGUCAGGGAGGUGUAGGGGAGGAAGUGCUGGAGAUUGAGAGCCCCGUGGGGUUGGGCCUGGGAGGGGAGCAGCCGGAGCAGUCAGACAGCAGGCCCACCUCCUCCCCUCCCUCCCACCUGGACUCGGACGAGCGAGGGAGCAGCACCAGAGAGGAGGAGGAGAGUGAUGAGGAGGACAUGGAAACAGUGGCAGGGGAGGCGGUGGAGGGAGAUCCAGACAGCAUUCUGGAUAUGGAUGAUAUACAAGUGGUACGGAUAGGAGAUGAGGGAGGGGAGGAGGAGGAGGAGAGAGAGGAGGAGGGGGAAGUCACUGGUCAGGAGGGGGGAGAGAAUGCAGAAGGGGAAGAGCAAGGAGUGAAGAGAAUAGUGGUAGGGGGUGAAGAGGAGGAAGGAGAAGAAGAGGGGUUAGUGGGGGUUGAAGUAAAGGAAGAGCAGGAAGAAAAGGAGGUUACAGAGGAAAAGGCACAUACAAGGCAAGAGGAGGUGAAGGAGAACCGUGAGAAAGAGGAGGAACAUGGAGGAGAGAAGGAGCAGGAUGAGAAGGAAGUGGAGGAGGAGCAGUCAGAGCAGGCUCAGGAGGAGGUGAAGGAGGAGACAAUGGACACAGAGGAAGCGGUGACCUCAGAGGAGAAGGAAGAAUCAGGGGAGGUCAUGAAAGAGAAUGAAGGUGAAACAAACGGGAACACUGUUUCAGAUGACUAGAACCAAACACCGACCAGAGCAAAAGGGGAUACAAAAUAAAACAGGGAGGAAGCAGACCUGUGUUUCUUCCUCUAUGAAAUGGAAGGAUCCUUUUUCUCCCCAUGACGUUGGGGGAAAGGAAAGGGAUAACGUUUGGGUUGCUCUGACGGAUGCUGCAUUUCAGUUCACUACUGUGUAUGAAUCCAGGUGUGCCUGAAAAAAAUACUAGUGACUUAUUCCACAGAAGGAGAAACCAUUUUCAGUGUUAGAAAAUGUAUUUGUAAAAAUCAAAAACAAAGUUUAAAGACAAAAAAUGCAUUAUACGGACUUUGUAAGCUAGAACCGACACGUUUUAGAUAAUGUUUUAUUACUAAAACAACCUUGGGUCAUUUCUUUUUAUCAGUGUUAUCAUUCAUAUUUUAACCUUUAAAAAGCUGUACAGUUGGGAGAGAUUUCUAUACCUUUUUAUUGCCAAUGAACAAAAAAAAUCUGUAUUUUAUUAAGUUGGAGGGGAGAAAAAAGAUCCUGUGCACUACAAGUGGCUUGGUUUACUUAUGGCUCUAACAGUUAUGUGUUGUCUACCCUUCAGUAUUAUCGCACUAGACCUACAGUAUACAGCAUCAGCACGUUAGCUGAUAAUGUUAGCAUACCUUUUGUUUGUUUUACAUGGAUUGUGAGCCUUAAAGAUAAACUGUUGUAAAGGUGAUGAAGUUCAGCCAUGAUGUUCCAGUAGUUGAUUAUUACCUUAUAGAUGAAGAAGACAUCAAGGGGAGUAUGGAAGGAGGUACAUAAGUCUGCAAUGACACAUUGUUCUAAUUGUUUUGUUCGUUUGUUUGUUCAUUUACUAAAUCAUUACUGAAUCAGAUCAAGCAGAAGAAUAAAGAAGAACAUUCAUGAUCUAGGCCUAGUAAGUAGAGAUCAUUUGACCCUUAAGCCCUGGACCCUAUAUUCCCACUCCCAGCCUUAUGCAAAACAUUUUUUUUUUUUAAAUACACCAUGCAUAUCAAAAGUGCCAUUGCAUACUGCUGUUUUUCCUUAGCAGCUGUUGUCAGGUUGUUUCAAAGCCCAGAUUUGAUAGUAGCUCAAACUCUUUCAGCUGAUCUACUGUUUUUGGCUCACUACCACUAGUCCUGAUGUUGUAGAAGAUAGCAUUACCAUGACUUAUAAUUUAGACCGGAAUUAUAUAUUUGAGAUAAAAAUCUGCCUCUUUUAUAAUCAGAGCAAUCAAUGGCAAAAAGGACUUGUAACGGGAUGAUGAAACAUGAUUUUGAAGUAUUUCCUGCCUUGAAAUGUAUCCUUUUCCCCAGUCCAGUCCCAGUGCACUUGUUUAACACUUGUGAGAAACUCUCUCUCUUCAGGUAACAAAAGUAGGCAAAUAUGAUACCAGAAUGGUUAUUCAGACAAUAUUUUUUACCUGUCAGUAUUAUUUUGUUGUUGAUGUUUUUUUGUAAUAUGUUAAAUGUGUGUACUGUAUGUUUUCAGCAAUGUCGGUAUUAUUACCAUUCCCAAUGAUAUGGGUUAUUUGUUUAGUUAUAGAACACUUUUGUAUUUAUGUGUCUUAUUUUUUUAUAUUUCUUUAUGGUUAUUUAUUACAGUGUAGUGUACAAUACUGUAGUUUGUAUUAAUACAAUAAUAUAUUUUAGUAUGAAAAUAAUUUGAAAGGUAAAAUGACUACAACAAAGCUGGAACAUAAAAAAGUCUGGCAUUUUGAAGUAUGUUUUAGAACAAAAAUAAAAAUGUACUGCUAUCUCAAGUUGUCAACACACCCCACGAGCAGGAAAUUGGAACAUGUCACCUUCCUGCAUCCAUUAAUACUCAUGUUAGUUUUUACCUUUUGCCCACUUUAAUAUGAAGCUACUGAAACUCUGAGAACUAACUGUAUGUCUAAUAGCAUGAGUGUGCUGUUGUAUUGACAGAUGAUCCUUAACCAUGAAUCUGUCCUUUUGCCAAGCCAAAAUAAUAUUGACCUUUUUUGUUUUAUUUGUGCCAAUUUGUUACUUUGUAUGUCUGCUACGUCAAGGCCACAACCUCUUUUUAUAUGUCCCUGUUUUAAUCCACAAUCAUUUUUAUAGUGAUAGUUUGUGCUUUUGUUUUUUUAUGACUCCCCAUCUCACAAUAAAAUACAUCAAUUACAUA